ACGACUCUUCUCAUUCUUCUUAGUUCUCUGCUCAGAUGAGCGAAACAAUGGAAGCUGUUAAUGCUGUAGUAAUGGCGGAGGAAAAUGCGAAUAAGGAUUCCUUCAUUACUGGGUCCGGUGAUGAUAAUCCUGACCUGCUAGCAGUUAGCCGGACGAUUACUAGUAUAGGGUUUCGGAUUUCGGCCCAGAAUAUCAAAAAAGAUUCUGGAGAUUUCAAGAAUUUGAAGGAUGAUCAUUUGGAAAAGGUGAAUAAUAGGGUUCUGACUCCUAAAAUAUCGUUUGAUGAUUUUUUGAAAGCCACCAAUACUCAGGUUAUGACUACUGAGGAGUAUCUCAAAACCCAGAUGAAAGAAUCUGUUGAAGUUGGGUUUGAGAAACAGGUGGUAUCUGUGAAUGAAGUCAAGAAAGGUUCCAACGAUGUAAUUCGCAGUGUUAAAGCAGUAACAGCAGAAGAAACGGUGAAGCGCAAGACUCUUGUAGAACGAUGGUGUGAGGAAGAGGCUUCAAGAAAAAAUCAAGUUGUGGCGAAACUAGAGAACCCAAUUAAAGCUGAACCAAUAACGACUAUUGUUCCAGUGAAAGACGAGCCUAUUAUAGAUGCGGAGCCGAUUAAUUGGGCGAAGGCCAUUGUUCCGGUGAAAGAGGAAGAGGCAGUAAGAGAAACAUUACGAGAGAGUUUUAUCAAGAAGUUCAAAAGUGCUUCUGUUAGAGGACCGAUUAAGCAGAAUCUGCCUGAUGCAAAGAAACAGAGAAUUGAGAAUCAAAACCCUUGUCCCAUUCCAGUGGAGGAUGGAGACUUCCCUGAAGAGCCCGACUGGUUUUUGGUGGGAAGAACAAUGGUGACUGCGCUUUCAACCACUAAAGGCAGGAAGUUGGUGGACAAUGAGAUUGUCCAUUUUGCUUUUCCUUCCACCGAUUGGAAAUCUAACAGUCGUUGGAUUGUUCGCUUUUCGACCAAAAGAUAUGGAGAGAUUGGUAGGCUUCCAAUGGAGUGGGGAAAGUGCAUUGUUCCUCUUGUAAACUCUGGUAAGGUGAAGUUUUUUGGGCGUUGUGUAGCUGCACCAGCAAACCUUUCAUUGAUGCAAGAUAUUAUUUUAUAUGUGAGCUUUUACAUCCACCGCUCCAUAUUUAUAGAGGAUGAUAACUCUUCAUGGGGAUGGAAGCUAGAAGCUGUGCACAUUGACUCUACAGUCUACCCCCUCCUCACCUUGUUCAAGCUGUUGAAAAUCCAACCGUAUCUGAGGGCUGAGUUUACUCCAGAAGAACUUGAUUCUCGGAAGCGUCUCUUAGAUCUAGAAAGUGCUCCAGAUGAAACUGCAUCAAUGCUGCCUAUUGUAAAAAGAAGACAAGGUUGCCAGCAGUAUCCAGAGCAAAGCAAGGAUGAACAAGCUGUUUCUGAGUCAUCUAUGAAUAAAAUUGUUGGUGCCGCAGAAUCAUAUAAUUUGGAGGAGAUGGAACCCCCUAGCAAUCUCAAUUGUAGUCUAAGGUCAUACCAGAAACAGGCCCUUUACUGGAUGUCAGAACUGGAAAAGGGAAUUGAUGUUGAAGAAGCAGCAAAGACUCUUCAUCCUUGCUGGGCAGCCUAUAAAAUAAGUGAUGAGAGGGCUUCCUCAAUCUAUGUCAACCUCUUCUCAGGGGAAGCAACAACCAAAUUUCCAACUGCCACACAGAUGGCAAGAGGAGGAAUUCUAGCAGAUGCAAUGGGGCUUGGAAAAACUGUUAUGACAAUUGCUCUAAUUCUUAAAUGUCCUGGCCAUGCUAGUUCUAAUAAUCAAGGACUUCUCAAAGAUUCUCAGACAGACACCUUGUCCAAACCAAAAGGCGGCACUCUCAUUGUUUGUCCAAUGGCUUUGCUAAGUCAGUGGAAGGAUGAGCUUGAAACUCACUCAGAGGCAGAUAGCAUUUCCAUAUUUGUUCACUAUGGCGGGGGCAGGUCAACUAACCCCAAGCUGCUUGCUGAGCAUGAUGUUGUCUUGACAACAUAUGGUGUCUUAAGUUCUGCUUAUAAAUAUGAUGAAGAGAACAGCAUUUUCCACAAGGUGGACUGGUAUAGGGUGGUCCUAGAUGAAGCUCAUAUAAUAAAGUCUUGGAAGACCCAAGGUGCUCGUGCUGCUUUCACUUUGUCCUCACAUUGCAGAUGGUGUUUGACAGGAACACCUAUUCAGAAUAAUCUGGAGGACCUCUUCAGCCUCCUAUGCUUCUUGCAUGUUGAACCAUGGUGCAACUGGGCUUGGUGGAACAAAUUGAUUCAAAAGCCAUAUGAGAAUGGAGAUCCUCGAGGCCUUAGACUGAUAAAGUCUAUUUUGAGACCACUAAUGUUGAGAAGAACAAAGGAAUCAAAGGACAAAAAAGGAAGGCCCAUACUUGUUCUUCCUCCAACUGAUAUUCAAAUUAUCGAAUGUGAACAAUCAGAAGCUGAACGUGACUUCUAUGAUGCCCUGUUCAAAAGGUCAAAGGUCCAAUUUGACCAAUUUGUGGCACAAGGGAAAGUCCUACAUAAUUAUGCUAACAUUCUUGAACUACUCUUACGGUUGAGGCAGUGUUGCAACCAUCCAUAUCUCGUUAUGAGUCGAGGAGAUUCACAAAAGUUUGCAGACUUAAACAAGCUUGCCAAGAGAUUCCUUGACUUGAAUUCUUCAUCAGCUCCAGCACCACCCUCCAGAGCCUAUGUUGAAGAAGUUGUUGAUGGCAUUCGACAUGGUGAUAACUCUGAGUGUCCCAUUUGCCUGGAGUCUGCAGAUGAUGCUGUGCUAACACCCUGCGCUCAUAGGAUGUGCAGAGAGUGUCUCCUUUCAAGCUGGCGGACACCAGCUGCUGGUCUGUGCCCCAUGUGUAGGCAAAUCCUCAAAAAAACUGACCUCAUAACCUGCCCUUCAGAGAGCAAGUUCCAAGUUGAUAUCGAGAAGAACUGGAAAGAAUCAUCAAAGGUUUCUAGUCUCUUGGAUUGCUUGGAAAGAAUCCGCUCUUCUGGCUCCGGCGAAAAGAGCAUUGUUUUCAGUCAGUGGACUUCAUUUUUGGACCUUUUAGAGAUUCCAAUGAAGAAGAGGAGAAUUGGGUACUUGAGGUAUGAUGGAGGGCUGUCUCAGAAGCAAAGGGAAAGAGUGUUGAAUGAGUUCAAUGAAACUAAAGAGAAAAUGGUACUACUAAUGUCUUUGAGAGCUGGUGGUGUUGGCUUGAACUUAACGGCGGCGUCCAAUGUAUUCUUAAUGGAUCCAUGGUGGAAUCCGGCGGUCGAAGAGCAAGCAAUCAUGAGAAUUCACCGCAUUGGUCAAGAAAGAACAGUUUCGGUCCGUAGAUUCAUCGUCAAGGACACUCUGGAGGAACGCAUGCAGCAAGUUCAGGCUAGAAAACAGAGAAUGAUUGCUGGAGCUCUUACUGAUGAAGAGGUUCGUUCUGCUAGAAUUGAAGAACUCAAAAUGCUUUUCAGAUGAACAAAGUUUCAAGUCUGUUUUGGGUUAUAGGGAGAACAUUUUAUUUUAUUUUGUUGGUCAAAUUUUUGUAAAGAUGAGCUGGGUUUUAUCUAUGUAUGUAUCUAUGCACAGCUGGCCUUAAGUGUCUAGUCUUGGUAUUAUAAUUUUCUCUUGUUUGGGUGAGAGGGCAGAGGAGAGCCCAAUUUUGUAAAUUUUGAAAGUAUGAAAUCCAAUUGGAAAGAGAGAACCACUGUUCCUUCAUCAUA